AUGGCCACCGCCCGCGCGAUCCGCAUGGCCUUCCAGGCCAUCGAGCAGGCCGAGGGUGCAGGCGCGCGCGUGCGCCGGUCCAUCGGGACCCCCAAGCUGCGCAACUUCAGUCCGUUCCUGAUGCUGGAUCACUUCACCAUCGGCAAGGGCGCCGGCUUCCCGGACCACCCGCACCGCGGCCAGGAGACCAUCACCUACCUCCUUUCCGGGGGUGUGGACCACGAAGACUUCGCUGGAAACAGGGGCACCAUCGGUCCGGGCGACCUGCAGUUCAUGACGGCAGGCCGCGGCAUCAUGCACGCGGAGAUGCCGCACGAGAACCCGGAUGGCAGCCCCAACGUGGGCAUGCAGCUGUGGGUCGACCUGCCCAAGAAGCUGAAGUACGUCGAGCCGCGAUACCGGGACUUGAGGGCGACGGAGAUCCCGACGGUGGAGGUCGACGACGGACGCGUCACCAUCAAGGUCAUCUCGGGUCAGUCGCACGGGGUCGACUCGGUGCGAGACCUGGCCUACACCCCGCUGUGGUUCUUCGACAUUACCAUCCGUCCCGGCGGCCAUGUCAAGCAGAUUCUACCCAUUGGAUGGAAUGCCUUCGCCUACACCCUGGAGGGCACCACCUACAUUAGCUCCGGAGACGUCACCAAGCCCAUCAACCAGUUCCACAACGUCGUCUUCCAGCAGCAGGGCGACUACGUCGAAGCGUCGGUCCCGGAGAACGCAGACAAGGCCUCGCGAUUCAUCCUCGUGGCCGGCCAGCCGCUGGACCAGAACGUGGUGCAGUACGGCCCGUUUGUCUGCACCAGCCAGGAAGAGGUGUACCAGGCCAUGGUCGAUUUCCAAACCGCCAGCAAUGGCUUCGAGAAGGCGCGUGGAUGGGAGAGAUUUUACGAGGCAUGUGCUUAUACCCCUGUUGCACAAACUUUAUUGUAUAUAGAGAGCUGUCUGUUAUGUUAA